ACAUAGGGAUGAUUCGGGUAGAACAGAACAUGAUAACAUCGUUGUCCAGUGAAGAGAUGGCAGAUGUGACCAUGUAGUGACUCACCUCGCAAUCUAGGAGAAUUCCAACGGACAUACUCGUAUCACCAUGGUCUAUGGAUUUAUCAACCUGUGUCUGAAGUCUCUGGUUGUGGAGAAGUUCGGAGAAGAAGCCUGGGAAAAUAUCAGGCACCAGGCUGAUGUGGAAGACAGCUUCAUGACGUACACAUAUUAUGAUGACGUACACACCAUGACGCUUAUAGACGUCGCCUGUCAGAGCCUCGCUGUUGAGAAGAGCACGGUCCUGAUGCUUUUCGGCGAGUUCUUCUUCGAGUUCUGCGUGCGCUCGGGGUACGACCACAUGUUACGGACACUCGGCGGGAACCUGGUGGAGUUUAUAGAGAAUCUGGACUCCCUGCACUCCUACCUGACUCUGGCGUACGACAAGAUGAACGCGCCGUCCUUCAGGUUGGAGAAAGUGGACAGCAACAUGUUCCUGCACUACUACUCUGAUAGGAAAGGACUGGCGCCCAUGGUCAUAGGAAUCGUCAAAGCUGUGGCAAGAGACUUCUUCCAGAGCGAGGUGACCAUGGACAUCUUGAGUGAGGACAGAGAAGAGGAGAGGACGAGAAAGAAGGAGCACGUGGUGUUCUCGGUGACCCAGAGACGGCUGGGCGGGACGGCGACUCAGAAACCUCCCAAAUACGUGGCGCAGUCACACAAGGGCAGCGAGCAGCAGAUUAGGAAAGAGGAUGUUGAGAACGUCCUGUCCAAGCUCGCCCAGCAGAACGGGGUGUGUCCGUUCCCGGGAAACGGCACCACGCCGAAGGUCAAGGCCAAGCGGUGCUGGGACAAGCUCAGGGGUAUCGUCACCAUGGGGAAACUCACCAGCGUGUUCCAGCCCAUCUACCCGGACGACUUGUGGAUGGACCCGCGGACCUUCUGUAACAUCCUGCCCUUCCACAUCAUCUUCGACCAGCAGCUGCAGAUCAAACAAUCAGGAAUCAACAUCCAGCGGAUCGUACCAGGCAUCCAGACCAUCAACAUCAAGGUUAACGACUAUUUCGAGCUCAUCCAUCCCGAGAUUCCCCUCAGCUUCGAGCAGAUUAAGAAGUUCAUCAACAGUCAGUUUAUCCUGGAGGCCAAACGUCUGAUGAUGCCCGCCGCCUGGGGAGGACGGCCGACGUUACAGCUCAGGGGCCAGAUGAUCUGGAUGCCCGGUAUACAGUGUAUGAUCUACAUGUGUUCCCCCAAGCUGACCAGCCUGAAAGAGCUGGAGGAGAGGAACAUGUACAUGUCUGAGAUCGCGCUCCAUGACGUCACGCGAGAUCUCAUCCUGCUGAACCAGCAGCGUCUGGCUGAGAUCGAGCUGGCAAAACAGUUAGAGGAGAAGAAAGAGGAGUUGCGGAUGAUGUCUGAGGCUCUGCAGGAGGAACAGAAGCGCACGGACAUGCUGCUGUACUCCAUGUUACCCCGCCAGGUCGCCAACAAGCUGAGGGAGGGGCGGAAAGUAGAAGCAGGUGAGUAUGACGAGGUGACGAUCCUGUUCAGUGACAUCGUGACGUUCACGAACAUCUGUGCGAUGUGCAAGCCCAUCCAGAUUGUCCAGCUGCUGAAUGAGAUGUACCUCAGGUUCGACAGGCUCACCACAGUCCACGAUGUUUAUAAGGUUGAGACGAUAGGAGACGCCUACAUGGUUGUGGGUGGACUGCCUGUUCCGGUGAAGUCUCACGCGGAGAGAGUGGCUAACAUGGGGCUGGGGAUGCAGAUGGCAGCCGGGCACGUCAAGUCACCUGUCACCGGCAAGCCUAUCCAGAUCCGCGUAGGUAUCCACACGGGCCCCGUGGUGGCGGGAGUGGUGGGGGAGAAAAUGCCGAGGUACUGUCUGUUCGGCGACACCGUCAACACCGCGUCACGGAUGGAGAGUCAUGGAGUACCGGGAAAAGUCCACAUCAGUCCCGCUACAUACAAAGCUCUACGUGGGAAAAGCUUCAUCAUCAAAGAGCGCGGUGAGAUCAGUGUGAAGGGGAAAGGCCCGAUGUACACGUACUACGUGGUGGCUAACGGCGAGGCCACGGAGGACAUGCUGAUGGGCCGGCCUCCGCGGAGCAGGCGGUCCUCCCGCAGUAUCACGCCGUCUCCGGCCAAGACAGGCGGGGCGGAGGAGGAGAAGGGCGGGCAGAACCUCAAGUCACCGGCAUCCGGGAAAGUCAAAGGUGACGAACCAGAUUCAGACAUGGUGGUGAUGGUGUAUGAAGACAGUCAUGAAGUGUCCGGACAACAGGUCAAUCCGCCUGGCAGUACAAACACGUGCAACGGUGUAAACAAAGGAAAGAAACAGAAGGAAGCUGACGGUACCCCCAAACGGCGAACCCUGUCCUCGGAGGACGAUCCCGUGAACCUCCCGGCGGACCCCAGACCACCGAAAGCCAAACCUAAGAGCAAACUGAAGAAAGAGAAGACAGAGUCAAAGUUGUGCGUCAUUUUGUAACGACAAGGUCAUAUUCGUCGUAGGUUGUCGUACGGUUUUUGAUGCCGUAGCGAAUUUUCAGGCAAGCUAUGACAAAAUAAACAGACGACAAGGAUCUAAGACAACAUUUUUUCGUAACAAGACAGCAGCAUUUUGCAGGACACAUGCAGGACUGUCUAAAGACUGCUCUCAGUAUGCGAUCGUGCGACGGUGGUACGACAUAUGUACAUAUGUGACCGAGCCCUAGCAGAACAGCAACACGAACUAUGGAAAAUUUACCUACAGAUUUGAUGCCAGGUUUUCAACCAGACCUCAGAUCGUCUUCUGGAAAACUGAGCGCUGAGUACCCGAUUAGCCAGAACACAUAACCUCCCGAGUGGAUGAUGACGCAAGGAAAGGGUCAAAGGUGCUUGGAAGUCGAUAUCGGCCCCGUCCAGGUUCUACUAGAACUCCGCUCACGAUAUAAGUUUACUCCCCAAAAUUUUAACCAUAACUAAACGCGUUUCCAAUAAGCGUAUAUUAACGUUAUUUCGAUUGAAACAGAUUAUAUCAUUCUACUGUUUCUACGAGUAAGCAUUUACGGCAUAUCAAGAACAUCGUGCAUUUUGAAUGGAUUCCGCAUGGAGUCCUGUCGCACAACUUGUUCAUUAACACAUACCAACCCAUGCGCCUUUUGUGUAAUAUUUGUAAGAUGUGAGACCUAGAUUGAGAUACCUGUUUAAAUAUGAUUGUAUAAAGUUGCUAUUGACAUAUACAAUGUAUUUGACAUAACGAGAAUAAGGUAACUGCAAUGGAAAACAGGUGGGCCAACGGCUAGUCCAUAACUUAUAUGUCUGCCAUUGAAAGUAUACUUGUAUGUCUUGUGUUUGAGAUACUAUUUAACAUUGUAUAUUGCAACACUUUUAUGUUGUGUUACUGAGAACAUAUAUGUAAAUUCUCAACUGAAUUACGUGUUAAUUUCAUUUGCAAGAAUCGUGUGAUCAGCUGAAUAGGUUACAAAUUAUCAGGAAAACGGGAAGUUAAAACGAUUAAACUUUUCUUCCAUUAUACACAUGUAUAUAUUUUCUAAAGAAGCUUGGUAUAGUCAUGGAGUUUCUAUCUCCAUGGUAUAGUACAGUACUGUAUUGUAUAAGAAUUUUCUUUUGUUAUCUAUAUGUGUGGAUUGGAUUUUGUCUGCGUGUUGACAAGACUGCACAUAGAAUUGUACAUUUUAUCUCUUCAUCUCUUGCUAUGUUUUCAUGUCUAAAUCAUGUUGUAUCAUUGUUCAGUGAGAAAACAACGUCAAUAUGAGAGUUCCAUUUUAUAUUAUGAUAUUUUCUUGCACUGAUGUUGAUAAUUUACUUUUAAAAGAUUGUAGAUUAAUAUAUUACCUGUCAUUUUAUUUCUUUUGUAUAUUUCGUUUUCAUUCCUGUCAGUGUAUGUCUUUGUCUGUUUUUUUGGCUAUGGAUAUAUAUGCGUUCACUGAUAAGAUGGCCAGUAUUGAAUAGCUAUAGAAAUAAAUAAAUGUACAAUCUAUUGUGCCAGCAUAUCGCUCUUUAAUUCUGCAGCACAAUAUUAAUGUUCUGAUUUUAUCCAGGAUGUCUUUGGUUGAUGUAAAAUAAUCUAUUAUCUGAUUGCAUGUGUAUCAUAUUUUAUAUUAGCCCAUUAUUUUACUGGGAUCAAAUAAUCUGUAGACAACAACAAGUCAACAGCAGAUUUUUGUAAAAAAGAUAACUCGAUAUGAGAUGGCAAGUGC